UAACCGUUUUGGUGUGAUGUAUCGCGUCUGCGCGCGCGCUGGUCUGUGGCGGCGCGGCUACCAUCACUACUUUCCUUCCCUGCGUGUGUGACGUAACUCUAUAAAAGAGUGCGCGGUGAAGACGCCGCCGCUAUACCGUUUCCGUUCGGCAGGCUCGGCCAUAACGUCCCGACCACCGGCACAGAAGGACGCGAGCGGAACCUCUUCCGCUGAGCCCCCACGGACUCACCAGUGACUAGUUCAACAAAAGAUACGAGAUGAGGUCUUUGUGGUUGUUAGCGGCGCUGUGCUGCUUAGUAUUGUCGGCGAGCGCGAGCCCCAUCGCGCGGCCGGAGGAGAAGGAGGUUGGGCGACAAGCGGCGGCGGCCGCUGCGCCGGCGGCGCCCGCCGCGCCGGCUGACGACGACGACGACGACGACGAUGAUGAUGAUGAUGACGUAGACCUGGAUGAUGCGCUGUCAGCUGAUGACGAUGAUGAUGAUGACGACGACGAUGAAGAGGAGGCUGACGACGAUGAUGACGACGAGGACUACCUGGAGAGGUUCUUCGAUGACAUCUUAGGAGACGACGAGGACGAUGAUGACGAUGACACGCCCGCAGCGGUGCAGCCGGUCGUGGCUCCCGCCGACACCGUAGCCGCCGCGCCCGCCGCCGCCGCCGUCAGUGCCGAGGAGCCCGCCGCAGCCGCCGAGGCCGCCGAGGAGGCGGUCGAGGGCGACAGCGAAGCCGCCGCAGCCGAAGAGUCUGAAGUCGCUCAGAAGGAGCCCGCCGAGGUCGAACAAGCCCAGCCCGCCGAAGAGGCUGCGGAGGCUGACGAUGCUGAUGAUGAUGACGACGAGGAAGACGACAUCGCGGACGCGCUCGACCCCUCGGACGACGACGACGACGACGAGGACGACGACGACGACGAUGACGACGACGACAUCACCGACGCUCUCGGCAGGAACGUGAGCAAACAAGCACGUGCCCUAGAAGGCGAGACAGAGAAAACGCCAAAAGAGACAGUGCCAGCGAUAUACAUCGUGAAAUACAACCGCUUCAUAGACAACAUCCUCGAGAAGAUGAACGAUAUCCUGCGCAGAUCCUAUGAUCCUGUCAGCGUGAAGCUCCAACCUAUCGAUGCUAGCAAGAAAUCUACUAAGCCGAAGAAGAAUAAGAACAAGAACAAAAAGAGGAAAACGACGAAUAAAAAGAAGCACAAUGCUCGCGCCGGUAAUGCAGAGAAAACUGACAAAAUAGCCAACAACACAGAGGAAAUCAACAAGAUUGAAGACCCUGUAACUGAAAAGCCUGUCGAGCAACUUCAAGCUGAAGGCAGAGCGUUGAAAUCAGAAAGCGGGAAAGCCAAAGUGACUACUCCUAAACCGAAACCUUCAAAGACUACCAAGCCAAAAACGAAGCCACCGAAAACUACAUCUAAUAAGAAACCAGCUGUUAAUAAGACAAAAACUAAGACCAAGACGACUGUUGAGAAGAGUAAGCCCAGAGCUAAGGGUACUUUGUAUGGACUUUCUUCGUUGAGGAGGAUGGGCGACGUUGCCGUCAGCAUUAUGUCGGAUCACACCACCGUGAAAAGUAACUUUGCUGUUGGGCCUUUGAUCUUGAGAGUGGAAAAGGAGGUCGGACGAGGAGCUAAGAAAGAAUUGAAAUCCGCCACUGCCACCACGGCUGAGAUGACCGGGAAGAUUAGCCUCCGGGUCAACAACCAGGGCGUCGCGACUUUACACUCCAUCAAGGUUCUGCAGCCCAAACAGGUGAGUUUGACGAUGUGUUACGUGAUGAUCAAGGAUCCACGGAGUUGAAGUCAGCAACCACCAUCAUAGCCGAGGUGACCAGCAAGAUUGAUGAUGAAGGAUCCACGAAGUUGAAGACAGCUACCAGUGCUACCACCAUAAUAGUCGGAUGACCGGGAAGAUUAGCCCCAUAACACAGUAUACUAAAGAGUACUAUCGUACAGUA